CAGCAUGGCGAUCGGUGGUGCGCUGUGCCCCUCGGACUGAUCAACGGAAAGAGCCGAAGACGUCAGCUCGGUCAUGUGAUCAGCUGUGUCCAAUCACAGCUGAUCACAUACAUGUACACUGAUCAUCAGGGCAUGGAUGAUCAGUGUGCCCUGAUGAUCAGUGUAGCCCCAGCAGUGCCACCUGUCAGUGUCCAUCAAUGCCACCUGCCAGUGCCCAUCAAUGCCACAUAUCAGUGCCUACCAGUGCACAUCAAUGCCACAUCAGUGCCCAUCUGAGCUGCCUUUUAGUGUCACCUAUCAGUGCCAGUCAGUGCCACCUAUCAAUGCCAGUCAGUACCACCUAUCAGUGCUGCCAAUCAGUGCCAGUCAGUGCCGCCUAUCAGUG